CACGAAACACACUGAAGAGCUCCGUUCUCUUAUCUCUCUCUUCACAAACACACUUCUCUUUCUCUAAGGUGUACCGUCACCGGAGACACUUCAUUUCUAGGGUUCAGGCGAGGAUGGGGUCGGCGUUGUUGUCGGAUCUAGGAACACAGAUAAUAGUGCCGGUAUGCGCUGUUGUCGGCAUAGUGUUCUCACUAGUCCAGUGGUACAUAGUCUCGCGCGUGAAGGUCACGCCUGAGCGCCACGCGCCGGGCUCGGCACCUAAGGGUAACAAGAACGGGUAUAAUGAUAGUCUUAUUGAGGAAGAGGAAGGUGUGAACGAUGAAAACGUCGUCGCUAAAUGUGCUGAAAUUCAAAACGCUAUCUCUGAAGGUGCCACGUCUUUUCUGUUCACUGAAUAUCAGUAUGUUGGUAUGUUCAUGGUUGCUUUUGCAAUCUUGAUCUUCCUUUUCUUGGGUUCUGUUGAGGGUUUUAGCACAAAGAGCCAACCAUGUACUUAUGAUUCAAAGAAGACAUGCAAGCCAGCACUUGCUACUGCAAUAUUCAGUACUAUUGCGUUUGUACUUGGCGCUGUCACUUCAGUUAUUUCUGGUUUCCUGGGGAUGAAGAUUGCUACUUAUGCCAAUGCAAGAACUACCUUGGAGGCAAGGAAGGGUGUUGGAAAGGCUUUUAUUACUGCUUUUAGGUCUGGUGCAGUGAUGGGUUUUCUGCUUGCUGCAAAUGGUCUUUUGUUUCUUUUCAUCGCCAUAAAUCUUUUCAAGCUGUACUAUGGAGAUGAUUGGGAAGGCCUCUUUGAGUCUAUUACUGGUUAUGGUCUUGGAGGAUCAUCUAUGGCUCUCUUCGGGAGGGUUGGUGGUGGUAUAUACACCAAAGCUGCUGAUGUUGGUGCUGAUCUUGUUGGAAAGGUUGAAAGAAACAUUCCAGAAGAUGAUCCAAGAAACCCAGCUGUGAUUGCUGACAACGUUGGUGACAAUGUUGGAGAUAUUGCUGGGAUGGGUUCUGAUCUAUUUGGCUCCUAUGCUGAAGCAUCUUGUGCUGCUCUUGUUGUGGCUUCCAUAUCCUCUUUUGGGAUCAACCACGAGUUUACUGCCAUGCUAUUUCCUCUACUCAUUAGUUCUGUGGGUAUUUUAGUCUGCUUGAUUACAACCCUCUUUGCCACCGAUUUCUUUGAAAUCAAGGCUGUUAAGGAAAUUGAGCCUGCACUAAAGAAGCAGCUUGUUAUCUCCACUAUUCUAAUGACUGUUGGCAUCGCAAUUGUAACUUGGGUUGGAGUGCCUUCGUCCUUUACAAUUUACAAUUUUGGUGUUCAGAAGGUUGUUAAGAACUGGCAGUUGUUCUUGUGUGUUGCUAUUGGUCUUUGGGCUGGACUUAUUAUUGGAUUUGUUACAGAGUACUACACAAGCAAUGCCUACAGCCCUGUGCAAGAUGUUGCCGACUCCUGCAGGACUGGAGCUGCCACUAAUGUCAUCUUUGGUCUUGCUUUGGGAUAUAAAUCUGUUAUCAUUCCAAUUUUUGCCAUUGCUCUUAGCAUUUUUGUUAGUUUUACUUUUGCUGCCAUGUAUGGCAUUGCUAUGGCUGCUCUUGGAAUGUUGAGCACAAUUGCCACUGGAUUGGCUAUUGAUGCCUAUGGCCCCAUUAGUGACAAUGCUGGUGGCAUUGCUGAGAUGGCUGGCAUGAGUCACCGCAUUCGUGAACGAACUGAUGCUCUUGAUGCAGCUGGAAACACUACUGCUGCAAUUGGAAAGGGAUUCGCCAUUGGAUCUGCUGCAUUGGUGUCUUUGGCUUUAUUUGGUGCUUUUGUGAGCCGUGCAGGAGUCUCGACUGUUGAUGUCUUGACCCCAAAGGUCUUCAUUGGUCUGAUUGUGGGUGCUAUGCUUCCCUACUGGUUCUCUGCCAUGACAAUGAAGAGUGUGGGAAGUGCAGCUUUAAAGAUGGUUGAGGAGGUUCGUAGGCAGUUCAACACUAUUCCCGGUCUCAUGGAGGGUACUGCCAAGCCAGAUUAUGCUACCUGUGUCAAGAUUUCUACUGAUGCGUCUAUCAAGGAGAUGAUUCCUCCAGGUGCUCUUGUCAUGCUUACACCCCUCAUUGUUGGAACCUUGUUUGGUGUUGAGACUCUUUCGGGCGUUUUGGCUGGUUCCUUAGUUUCUGGUGUUCAGAUUGCAAUUUCUGCUUCCAACACCGGAGGUGCAUGGGAUAAUGCCAAGAAGUACAUUGAGGCUGGUGCCUCAGAGCAUGCAAGGUCACUCGGCCCCAAAGGUUCUGACCCACACAAAGCUGCUGUUAUCGGGGACACCAUCGGUGAUCCACUGAAGGACACCUCAGGUCCAUCGCUCAACAUUCUCAUUAAGCUCAUGGCAGUUGAAUCUCUCGUGUUUGCUCCAUUUUUCGCCACUCACGGUGGCUUGCUUUUCAAGAUAUUCGGAUAAGAAGAGGAUAAUGACACAAAAAAGUAGGGACGGAAUUACUACUUAUGCACAUCCAUCCUCGUCCUGCUUCUGCAUUUAUCUUUUGCCCCAUUUGCAUGGGGAUUUUAUGGUAGUUUAUGUAGUUUAGUUAAAUACAAUUUUUGAAGGGCUGAUGAUGAUGAUGAUAAUUGAAGAUGGUCACAGAAUUGCGAGAAAAUUGUCAUUAGUGUGUCUUGAGGAGAGUCUAAGUAUUUAUUACCUUUACUGUUAUUUUGUAAUCGGUUACUUUAAAAUUUUGUAAUGUUGCCCUUUCCCCUCUGCCAAUUUGGCAUUUUGGAUCGAA